AUGGCUACCAGUAAGAUGGAUCAAUUUCUGGAAAAUGUUGAUGAGAAGGUCUUGGAGUGUACCAUCUGCUUUAAGAGACUUCAAAAUCCAAAAUCCCCCAACUGCCUCCAUAGUUUUUGUUUGGCAUGCCUGGAAGACUGGGUUAAGACUAAGGGUCAGCUAACUUGCCCAACUUGCUCAAAAUUAUAUCCAAUUCCGGAGGGUGGGCUUCAGAAGCUUCCACCAAAUACCUUUCUAAAUAAUUUAUUAGAAACUAUCGAACAAUUUUCAGAGAGAGAUCAGAUGAAAUGUAGUGUUUGUGAAAAGGAUGAACAGGUAAAAUACUACUGCCAGGAUUGCAGACAGUACUUGUGCUCUACUUGUAGCGACUAUCAUAAGCAGUAUAGACUCUUUACAAAUCACAAGUUACAUUUAAUGGAGGAUGUGCAAUCAAUGAGCCCCUCUCAGAUGACUUUGUUACAUCCGCCUCUGUGUUCACAUCACAGUAAACCUUUGGAGUUCUACUGCACAGAUUGUAAAACUCCAAUCUGUGUGAACUGUACAAUUGUGGACCACAAUGCAUGGGAUGGAAAACACAAAUCAAUCAACAUUUCAGAUGCAUUCCAAACAUUUAGAGGAACUUCAGCUACCUUGGAAAAAUCUGCCCAAUACUUUGUAAACAAAUUAGAAGAUGGUCUCAAAGCUGUUAUUCAGAAUGCUACAAAAUUAGACCAAUGUAAAGACACAUGUUUGAGAGACAUAGACAAUCACGUUGAAGAAAUAUUCAAAAAAGUAAAAGAGAAUAGAGACAAAAUUAAAAACGAA